AUGGAGAUGACAUUCUGGGCUGGAGGCAAAGACUUUCCCUUGACACGUAUCGCUCGCUUUCCAAAAUGGUACCCUGAACUCGACGAGUACCAUAUAGUCCACACUAGCCAAGGGAAUACUGAGCGUGCUCUGCUGGAUGGCAUGAAAAGUUUCAACGGACCCGAAGUUGAACGGGGGGUCAUCGCGUCAGCUAUUGACAUUGAUGAGUCGACCAUCAAUGAUCCUCGAGCUCAUGCAAUCAAAUUGACGGUAAAACAUCUGACGGACGAAGAAUUAGCUGCGUCUUCGGCCAAGGUUACUGUUCCUCAGCCCGGCGAUUUCAACUAUAACCCGGCGGACGAGCCAUACCUGAAGCGUAAAGUUACCGGGAAAGAGGGGAGUACUGAGGUUAUCAAGGCGAAGUUUGUGAUCGGGGCCGAUGGAAGCCGAAGCUGGACUCGCCAAGCUCUGGGUUUCGACUUUCUCGGAGAUGCAGAUGAAAAUGACGAUGAGGCUAUUGGAGGAAUUCUGGAUUGUGUUGCGACUUCAAACUUCCCGGAUAUUCACAUCCAAUCUGUGAUUUCCAAGGACGGACGUGGUGCGGGAUUCGUACCACGGGAGAAUGGCUUGUUGCGCAUGGCAGCCCCCGUAGCUACCAAGGAAGAAGCAACUCCUGAAGGCAUCAUCAAAUCACUCAAAGAAAUUAUUUCUCCCUAUGAGCUCGAUGUCACUCAGGUUGAUUGGUGCGGAUCAUUCAGUACGCGCCGUCUGAUCGCAAGCUCUUCUUCGAAGUACUCGCGCGUUUUUCUCGUUGGCGACGCACUGCAUAUCCAUUCACCUCGGGCUGGCAUUGGUAUGAAUUUCAGCAUCCAAGACGAGCGUGGAUUGACGAGCAAGCAACUUCUCGCUUUCGAUAAAGCCAUUCCAAAGCAGUCGCCAAUGGGAGCACAGUUUUCCGUUGAAGGGACCAGUGGAGGACUGAAGGAUAACCUCCCAUUCUCGAGCACUACAGCAAUUGAGUAUGAAGCUGGCUUGCUUGUCGCCAAGGAAAGGGCUCCUUUUGUUUCCAAGCAGCACUUGGCGCCUGGCAUUCUCGUGGGCAGGCGCCUGCCCUCGCAGACCGUAGAACGGCACAUGAACGGAGAACCGAUUAGCUUUGGGAAAUGCUUUCCUAGCGAUGGUCGGUACAGGGUUGUUGUCUUCGCGGGUAAUAUAUCGGAACCAGAACAGCUGCGUCGUGUGGAGAAUCUUAGCAAGGUUCCGAGCCUUUCGGAAUACCUAGCCCAACGUCUUGACAGCCGUGGUAUUACUCCACAAGACGUAUUUGACAUCCUCAUCGUGCACAGCGCGAACAGGGAUGAUCUAGAGGUCACUGACUUACCUCCGUUGCUUCUCAAGAACAGUGAUGGAUUUGAUCAUGUGUUUGUCGACAACAAUCAAUCACGGAUCUGGACUCUAACCGACGCAUAUUCCAAGUAUGGGAUCAACAGAGAGAGAGGAUGCGUUGUCUUGGUCCGACCUGAUAGACAUGUUACGUACAUUGGUGAGUUGGAGGAUAUAUUUGAGCUGGUUCAGCUUGUAUCCUCUCUUUAUGUUAAUUAG